AACAGAUCAAGAUUGCCAUUGAAAAGGUAGCUGAUUACUCACAGUUCCCAAAAGGAGGGAGGUACACCACAGCCGCUAUGCAGGACCACAGGAGAGAACACUGAGGCCUGAUCUGACUGAGGUCAGAGCUGCCUGCUGCUGGAAAGCAGGGAGCCCUGAAUGCUUGGCCCUGGCUGUGGAUAUCCUCACUGGCUUUCUCGGGGAAGGUAUGCCGGACGAGCCCGGCACCUAAUUUAUCGGACUCUAGAUCUGGAAGCAAUCAGAUCAGCCCGGGAUCCCUCGGCCAACUCUGAAGACAAGAUGGGGAUCACACCUGUGUGUUAAAGAGGUUUCUGCCUCGUUGUGGCUCGUAGUAAACACAUACCAAAGAAGGUUCCUUCUUCCUUUUGUCAGCAAACAAUUCACUCUCCUUUGGACCUGCUAUCUGCGUCCUGCAGAAACAUUACACUUACGCUAUGGGAAGCGGCGUCUCAACCCAACAUCAUUUUGCUUUCCAGAAUGCAGAGAAAGCCUUCAAGGCAGCGGCCCUGAUCCAGAGGUGGUACCGGCGCUACAUGGCCCGCCUGGAGAUGAGGCGGCACUGCACCUGGAGCAUCUUCCAGUCUAUAGAGUAUGCUGGGCAGCAAGACCAGGUCAAGCUCCACAAUUUCUUCAGCUACCUUGUGGAUCACUUCACCCCCAGCAGUCACAACGAGAAUCCAGGGACAAAGCCCUCAGGCAGAGAUGCAGGGGCAGCGUUUGGAAAUGAAUUGCCUGAAAGUCUGAGGCAUCUGCCACACUCACUAAGGGACUUCCUGAACCGCAUGUUCACUGAGGAGAGAUCCCCCCAGGACUCCGAGAUGGAGAAUUGCAGGGACUAUGAAUCCAUCGAGGUACCGGACAGUUACACGGGGCCACGCCUCUCCUUCCCACUCCUUCCCGACCAUGCAACUGCUCUGGUGGAAGCUUUCAGAGUGAAACAAAGGCUCCAUGCUCGCUAUGUCUUGAAUCUUUUGUAUGAAGCCAGGAAACAUCUGGUACAACUGCCAAACAUCAACCGGGUCUCCACUUGUUACAACGAGGAAAUCACAGUAUGUGGAGAUUUACACGGCCAGUUGGAUGACUUAAUAUUUAUAUUUUAUAAGAACGGCCUCCCGUCACCAGAGCGGGCCUAUGUGUUCAACGGCGACUUUGUGGAUCGAGGGAAGGAUUCAGUAGAGAUCCUGAUGGUUCUUUUUGCCUUCAUGUUGGUUUACCCAAAAGAGUUCCAUCUCAACCGAGGAAACCAUGAGGACCAUAUGGUGAACUUACGAUAUGGUUUCACAAAGGAAGUGAUGCAUAAAUAUAAGACACAUGGCAAGAAAAUACUAAAACUACUGCAAGAUGUGUUCUGCUGGUUUCCGCUGGCCACUCUGGUUGAUGAGAAAGUCCUGAUUCUUCAUGGUGGAGUGUCAGACAUGACUGACUUGGAGUUCUUGGCUAAACUAGACAGGCACAAGAUUGUUUCCACCAUGAGGUGCAAAACGAGAAAGGAGCAUAAGAAACAGGCGGAGAAGGGAAAAGCCAACCAGACGAGCUCUGCCGGGAGACCCUCCCCGUGGUUCCUCCCCGAAAGCCACUCUCUCCCCACCUCGCCUCUCCGCCCCAGCAGCCAGAAGGCCCACAGAGCCGGGCGCUCCUCCAGCGUCCCCUGCAGGGUCCCCCUGGACCCCAACGAGCUCUCCCAUUGGGUGCGGCACUCCGUGGACCUGGAGCUGGAGAGGUGUCGGCAGCAAGCGGGCUUCCCGGUGAUCAAGGAGAAGGAGGAGCCCUUGCCCUUGGCAUCCGAAGCGGACUCGGAAGCUGAGGGGCGGCCGGAGCCCACUCAGGAGGCGUGGAGGCAGGUGGUGGAUAUACUGUGGAGUGACCCCAUGGCUCAGGCGGGCUGCAAGGCCAACACCGUUCGAGGAGGUGGCUGUUAUUUUGGGCCUAAUGUGACAGAACGGUUGCUACAGAAAUACAAUCUGCAAUUCCUGAUCCGCUCGCACGAGUGCAAACCCGAGGGCUAUGAAUUCUGCCACGGCCGCAAGGUGUUAACCAUCUUUUCUGCCUCCAACUACUACGAAGUUGGCAGUAACAGAGGAGCCUAUGUCAAACUAGGGCCGGCCUUGACCCCGCACAUUGUGCAGUUUCAAGCUAACAAGGCAACCCACACGCUUACCAUGAGGCAAAGGAUUAGCAGAGUUGGGGAGUCGGCUCUGAGAGCCCUACGUGAAAAGUUAUUUGCCCAUUCCUCAGAUCUUCUUGUUGAAUUUAAGAAGCGUGAUAAAGAUAAAACUGGUCUAAUCACCCUGAGUGACUGGGCAGCCGCCGUGGAGUCUGUGUUGCAUCUAGGACUGCCCUGGCGGAUGCUGAGGCCACAGCUGGUGAGCAGCUUGACAGAUAACAAGCUGGAGUACAAGUCCUGGCUGAAAAACUUGGCCAAAGAACAAUUCAGCCAUGAGAAUAUACAAUCAAGUUUGCUGGAAGCACUGUAUCGAAACCGAUCCAACCUGGAGACCAUUUUUAGGAUCAUAGACAGUGAUCAUUCAGGGUUCAUUUCACUGGACGAGUUCAGGCAGACUUGGAAGCUGUUCAGCUCUCAUAUGAACAUUGAUGUCACAGACGACUGCAUCUGUGACCUUGCCCGGAGCAUUGACUUCAACAAGGAUGGCCACAUUGACAUCAAUGAGUUCCUGGAGGCCUUCCGCCUUGUGGAGCAAUCCUGCUCAAAGGGAUAUGCAUCAGAUUGCUGACAAGCCACAAACACUAAUAACAGUGACUGCAGCAGCCCAGAUAUACACUAAGGCCAGUCUGGUCCCCAUCAUCCAAGGUGCCUCGUAAGCAAUGCUGAGCUCAUUGUGGGAAUAUCUCCCUUAUUCUCCAUAGCUUUGUGGAACUUUAUGCUGAGAAUUUGCCUACCAGUAUGCAUCAGAAUCACCUGUGUAUUCAGGUGAAUUCUACCAAACAUAUGAAGAAGAACUUUUACCAAU